UCAAGGCCGCGGCGCCUCGCGACACCCGGAGGCGCUUGGCGGCGGCGGCGCUUUACGGCAGCGCGACCCGGGCGCGGCGGACGGCGGCUGGAGCGCGAUGAGCUUUUACGACGCGUUUCGCGGUUUCUUCGGGUUUCCGGGGCGGCGCAGGCCCCGGGACCCGCUCUUCGGCGGCACGGCGUGGGACGAGGAGGAGGAGGAGGAGGACGGCCCGUCCCUGGCACAGCCCCCCCAGGACUUCGCCUUCGGUUUCAGCCCCGGCGGAUCCCGCGGUGCCUUCGAGGAGCUGUUCCGGGACGUGGGCGAGCUCCUGGGCGUCUUCGGGGGGGCCCGGGCUGGGCCCCCGCAGCCCUUCGGUGGGGAUGGGAAGGGGCUGCCCCCGCCGGGGGCUGAGUUGGGCCCUGGAGGCCGAUGCGGAGCCCCCUGGGCGGCCCGGCCUGACCCAGCUCCCUCCCCCCCCCCCCCCCCCCCCGCAGAGCCCCCUCUUCCCGGCCCCAGCGAGGGCAGCACGGGGCAGCAGCUGCGGGACUCCAUGCUGAAGCACCCAGAGAGUCCCGCUCCCGGUGCAUCCCCAGGAGGUUCUGAGCACGCCAGCGAGCCGGCCCAGCCCUGGAGACCCUUCCUGGGGGUGGAAGACGCUCACCCGGCUCCCCCCAGCCUCAAGGAAGACCAAGACCUGGACUCCCAGGUGUCCUCCACAGGGUUGGGGACCAUCCUGAGACCCAACGAGCCCAAGUCCCACUCUUACUUCCAGAGCGUCUCCGUCACCAAAGUGACUCUCCCCGAUGGGGUGGUGGAGGAGCGCCGGACCAUGCAGGACAGCCAGGGCCACUGGGAGACGACGGUGACCCGCCGGAGGGGAGACCAGGCCUUCAUCACCACCACCAAGGAGGAUGGGCAGAGCAAGGACUACCGGGAGGAGGUGGUCAACAUGGAUGACUGGGAGCUGGCACAGUUCGCGGGCACGUGGCCACGGCAAGACGAGCUCCACACUCCCAACCUGAGCGACCCUUCAUCCGCGCUGGGCAGCUUCUUCCGAUGCUGGUUCUCAAGCUGGUAGCUGUGCCCCCCCCAGGCUGAGCACCCCGUAGAUGCGUCAGAUCCUGCUGGGGGCUGGCACCAGGGCUGGGGGCUGCCUGUCUUCUGGGAUGCUGCGGAUCUGCGGGGACCCCUGUGGGGGCUGAGUGUGUGUGUGCGUGCAUGUGUACAGAGCAAUAAAGUCUAUUUAUGCUAA